CCGGGCCUAGCGCCGUUACACCAGGAACCAGCAGGGGCUAUUCAGCCAACCAUAAGCCCCAACCUCAUUAUUUUCGUCACCAGCCACUGGAAUUGCAGUCGCUACCCGCCUCAAUUAGGUAUGGUAGUCCCUUUUGUUACCCUCGUUAGCUUCCACAUAGCUUCCACUCCUGCAAGUCAUCGAUUUUUCUUCUUUCUGCUUUCUGCACUCUCCUGCGUCCCGGUGGGCAUAAGUCCAAUUGGGUCCCUUCUACUUCAUAAUAUUGAACGUUUAACUUGGUUCUCUUAUUCAUUGGUUUACUGGGCUUCGUGGGUUUUUUCCGUCAGACGUAAUUUUCUUUCUCGUUCCAGUCGUUAGAUCCCAACACCGACGACACCGACUCUCGCUUUGAUCAACUUACCAGCUAAGCUUCGUGCAGCUUAGCGUAAAUGAGGCUGGCUGGAACUUCAGAAAGUCAACAAAGACAUUCAUCCCUCUUCUCACGAACCGAGUAAACAAAUAACGACGACCUGCGACUUCCGACUCCUAAUUUUUUCUUUCUCAUUGACCUCUGCUGGCACCCCCAAUUGUGUCCAUCGAACGAAUAUCCGACUACGAUUUAAGACUCAUGAGAGCUAAUAAAUAAUUAAGCAAAAUGACUGCCAAAACGAAACUAUCCAACCCGUUGAAUGGAAUGCACACGGCCGGUAUCUUUUCCGAUAUGAGUAUCGAUGGACCCGAUAUUGGAACACUAGUCCUUAUCGUCGACCGAGCAAAGAACCUCCCAAACAGAAAGACCAUCGGGAAACAAGAUCCCUACUGUGCGGCACGGCUUGCAAAGGAAGCGAAGAAGACGACUACUGAUAUCAGAGGCGGACAAACUCCAAAAUGGGAUCAAGAACUUCGGUUUAAUGUUCACGACUCGCCUGAUUAUUACCAGCUGAAAUUAUCCGUUUUCAACGACGAUAGGAAGACAGAAUUGAUAGGUGAAACCUGGAUUGAUCUUCGUGAUAUAGUCGUACGGGGUGGUGGCCAGAGUGACCAAUGGCAUAGCCUGAAUUGCAAGGGCAAAUAUGCCGGUGAGGUCAGGAUUGAGAUCACCUAUUAUGACAGUCGCCCGAAGCCGGAGAAGCCAGUUGCGAAGCCGGCUGUAGCAGCUGCAAGCGCCGACCCAGAUGUUGUAGUCGGAUCUCAGAAAACCGCGGUAAAGCGACGUCCAUUGCCGUCCGAUCCAGUUACCGGCCAGGCGCCUUCGCCAUCAGUGACAGAACAAGUUCACACGCCAUCCCCACGAGCCCAGCCAAAUCCGCCAGCCACCUUCGUCUCCAAUCCGACACCACUACAGACGGUUGAAUAUGGCACGUCGCCUUCAAACAGGCCUAGCAACCUACCCGAUCAGUACGCCCUAACACACCCCAGUGCGAACCAAUACUCGACACCAUCUCACCGAGCGGAACAUCCACAAUAUCGAACUCUGGAUAGGAAUUAUAAGUUCCCUACCCAGGAGAACGAACAUUUGCGGCAUCUGGAUUCUUAUGGCAGGACGUAUGAGUCCGAUCCUCGAGCAUCUUUCAAUGCUUAUGAUUCUCCCUCACCACUUGUUCAUCAGCCCCGACAGUCAAUUGAGAAUGAUGACUGUCCUCCGCCUCCACCUGUACAUCGAGUAAGGAACUCGAGUGGAACUUCACAUGAACUUGUACCUCGUGGCGCAUUUGAUGCUCCCCAGCAUAAGGCUGCACCACUGAUGAGGCAUGACGUUUUACGAAGUGAAGCUCAUCGAUACUCAGUAUCCUCCCCCUCAUCUUCUUACCCAGGACGACCUACAUAUCGUCCGUUUGAAUCCGCACCGGAAGUACAAAGCACGGCACAGUACCACGAGAACGAUGUCGGCCAUCAAUCUGCUCCGCGACAUUAUUCUUACGAUUCGGCAUAUGAGGCCCAAUAUCGAUCGAUGCAGCCGACAGUGGAGGAUGUUCCAGAGUCUUGGACGCCACCGAGCGCUAGAAGUAGACUUAGCGGGUCCCGGGCGCUCGAAUACGAUGAACGGGAGUUCCACCAAGCCUCAAGUCCUGCACCGUUGAAUAUAGGUGGACGAGGAAGUGCGGGAUCUGGUCAUUAUAGCCCUUCUCCUAUUCCAUCACAACAGCAGUACGAACCUAACGGCUUCAGUCCAUCACCAGAGCCGAUGGCUUCCGAAGAUUAUUCUCAAGCGCUUACCCUGGUAUCUCGGCCGUAUUCAAAGUACAACGAACGUACUUAUAAUCACCCAAGUGAGCUAGAAGACAGCCAGGUUCAUACCUCAGGCGAUUAUGAUCUAGCUCCUGUUCCUCCAACACUAGUUCCAGGAGUUGACCCUGCCUUAGCACGAGAGAUCUCAGAUCGAUUUCAUCAAGAGAGAAAGCAGGGCCACCGAUAUACGCAGCCUAUCCCUAUGGAUAUUCCAGCUCGAGGUAGACAGCAAAGCGAUCCGCCGUCGAAUUACCUCGUUAAAUAUUCACCCAACACCCACCAUAUGAAUACCUCGAGAUCUUAUGAAAGAAGUGUUGUCCCUUAUUCCAGUGGGCCGACCACUGCUUCUGUUCCAGCGCCUGUUUCCAGACCGCGGGGAACGUCUCCUAACCCAAAUGCUAAUCAUACGAUCAAGCGAAAGUCAGUUAGCCCAGCUCCGCCUCCACCUGACGCUCGGCGACUCUCGGGUAUCCCUUUCGGUCCGGAUUCGUACGAUGCUCUGAACCCUACUGUUGCAUCGACUAAGGACGGAUCAAAGUCCAUGGAAUACACCAAUGCAGAGGGGAAAAUUAUAACCCCAGAUGGCAGAGAGGUUGAUCCUUCGGAUCACUUACCCAUGGAAAGCUGGGCACCGGAGCCAGAGCCAAAGAAAUCGGCCGAGCCUUCCCAGACACGGUCACGUCCAAUUCCUGCGGGGGCACAACCAAUGCCACCCUCAGGUCGGCGUGCACCUCGUGAACUUGCUCGUCCGCAGUCUAUGGCUGGUCUACAGACCGCAUACACUACUGAGAUUGUACCUUCUCCACCUGCAAGUACGGGACGUAACCGGUUACAAAAGAAAACGCAUCGUGCAUCAGCCUUACCAGCACCUAUCUCUUCGGGGCCUAGCCCCCUCGGUCCUUCAACGCCCCACCAGCGCAAUAGUACGCCCCCAAGAGCACUUGUCCGUGCGAGCACAUUCGACUAUGAGAAUCAUGGACCUGGCGUUGCUCGUACGGGAUAUGGUAGCGGACCGCCGAUUCCGGCCAAGAUCCCAAUGAUGAGCGGUGGCUUAGGACCGUCAUCCGGGCGAGGUGAUGAUGAAUGGGCACUAAUGGAGGAGAUGAGCAGAAUCGAUAUUGGCACGGGCAGAGCACGACGGCACGGCGGGUAUUGAGAACACGAAAUAUCACGAAUUCUUAAGAGAAGGCGUUGUACAGUAUAAUGUUUCAAAAGGAGGCGUGGGUGAUUUUGUGCUUGUGAUGUUCCAUCAUUCUCUUUUCUUCAGUUCCUAUCUGGCCUGGCAUAUAGGGUUCCUUGCAACAUUGGGGGUCAAUCGCGUUUAGUCGUGGUGAUUUAGACAAGACGCUCGGGAGGGUAUCUAUCUGGUGCGUGAAAAAUGUGGAGGGCCGAAUGAAACAUCGUCUAAAUAUUAGUUUAGACUUAUUGUGAACACCUCGCUGUGUCACAAUUUAGAAGCCGGAAAGCCAACCUGAGGACUACCUAAGCAGGUGGCAGAUAGCUUCAGUUCUACACAGAACAGUUUCGGUCAGGUACCUCGCAAAUACACGAAACUUCAAAUGAUUUAUACGUAUUGUGUCGCUUGUGAU